GGCCUCGUUCAAAAUUAAAAUAUGCCUCGCCUCUCGGUUUUCUGCGGAUUAUCGCGUAGAAUCAUCUGCUCCAGCACAGCUCACCGAAAUCUUUGGCGACUCUUGUCCGACAGUUCGGAUUCGACCAUUAUCCCACACGUUUCGGACAAAACGGAAAAUAAUGUAAAGAAAUUCAAAAAGGAAACGCAGGUGGAUCACACAAGUCACCUAUUUGUGUGGCCGGAGGCGAAGGACGAAAACGUUCACCAUGUUACAGAGAACAAGGAGGAUAGCAAUGACGAUAUAACUGCAUCGUGGGGCUGGAAAAAUGACGAGCUUGACGUGGAGCAAUUGGCAGGACUACCAAGUCCUAGUGAGGUGGAGGAUCCAUACCGGCAGCCAAUCAAUGAAUCGCAGGAUGAUCAGUUGCAAUUCGCUGAAGGAGACCAAUCAGGAAUUCAAGAAGAAUUACAAUUCGCAAGAACGCGCUCCCUGCGAGAACAGCUUGCCAAGAAUCAGGAGUCCCAAGAACCAUUUACCAGCUUUGAGAAAACUUCUCUCAUAUCCGUUCGAAAGAAUGUGGACUUCAUGAUGCAAGAGCUUAGUCAGAUUUCCCUUAUUUUGAAUACUAUGGAAGGAGGUGAAAAAACAAUGGGAAUGAUUACUGCUGAGCCGGAAGUGGCUUCCUUUGCACUCAACCAACCCAACAUAAGUGAAAGUUUGGAUCAUGAGGAGGAAUCAAAACAGUCAGUGGAUAGUGCUAGUUCCUAUCAAUCUCAGCUAGAUGUUGCAGAUUCUAUGCAGUCGGAGGUAGCCAGUGCGUUGUCAGAACCAUCUGGAUUGGGUGAUGUAGAGAACCUAGAUCAUAGCGAGAGUUCGAACCAGUCUUUUGAUUCCGAACUAACGAGGGAUGUCACCGAUCAACUUAAAUUGGAUCAAGAGAUGGAAGCAAAUCAGUCUUUGGAUUCUGAGUUAACCGGUGAAAUGUCUAAUCAAUCUAGUUCGGUAGUUUCAGAGUGUUCGAUAUCCGAGGAGGACAUCGGGGAAGAGCUGAAAUCUCACGAAAUCGAGCAAAUUGUGUCUGCUGGCGAUACUCAAGAGUCCAGUCCUUCAAAAACUAAUGAGAAUACUCCCAAGACUGAUGACACGCAGGACAUUCAGCCUAAGGAAGCAAUACACACCUACAGGCCCUUUAAGACCAUCGAAGUUCCUGCCAAGAAGCCCACUAGCAGCCUUUGCACCGAGUCAAUUGAAGAGCAGCCCUUGAACCAGGAACCCCAAUUCGCCACAGGUACCCAUUUGGAUAAAGAUGGUUACAAGGUUUCUGCUCAGCUGACCGAGUCCGAGUCCCGUCUUCUCAUGCGCAUGGCUCUGAAGCAGGCUUUAAACGAUCUGGAGUCUGGCCAAAGCAAGUACAAAGCAACAAUUCUGGAGGCUGAAACCGAGUAAUACAAGAGCACCAAUGACCAAAGAAAUAAACUUAUAACAUUUAAAACUUA